AUUUCUGAUGUAUUGGAAGCAUGGCGAGAAGACUUUGAUCUCCUCGCUGGCGAUCUCCUCGCCUGGGAAGCCCCAAUCGCCCAGCCCUGUGUUUGCGGCUCUGACGCGCGGUAUCGCUGCAUGGAUUGCGACCAAACUCUCCCGCAGUGUCGAACUUGCAUAGUCAAGGGCCACCAGAACUUAUGGUAUCACUGGGUUCGACGUUGGAAUGGAAAGUACCACACACGCCACGCUCUGGCCGACCUCGGCCUGGUCGUUUACCUUGGCCAUCAUGGAGCGCGUUGUCCUGACGCCUCCGAUAACUUGACACCAGCAAACUUCGUCAUCGGGCACACCAACGGUCUCCACCACUGCAAGAUUGUCUACUGUCACUGCCCCGACCGUCUGGCUAUAACAUCUCAGCUAGUCCGCAGUCGUAUCUUCCCCGCCACGCGUAGCUCCCCUCAUAGCGGCUUCACCAUCGACCUUCUGCGAAUGUGGCAUACCGUGUGGCUGACCGCCAAGAUCAGCACUCACGAUUUCUUGUGCACGCUCGCCCGUCUGACAGAUAGCGCUUUCCCAAGCAACGUCAAGGAUCGCUAUCGAGAGUUCCGGGUUGUAACUCGUCUCUAUACGCACCUUACUAUGAGCAAACGUGCGGGCGUGUACCAUGACAUCAACAUCCCUAAUCGUCCGAAGGGUGACUUGACCGUGCCUUGCGUGGCUUGCCCUUCCCCUGGGUUCAAUUUGCCUGACGACUGGAAAGAGACACCCGAGCAUUUGAGAUACUUGUAUCGAAUCGUGCUGGGCGGUGAUGGUAACUAUAGCUUGAACAAGAAGUCUAAGAAAAUCGACCCUAACGAUACGAGCCUUGGUGUCGGAAGCGGCUUCUUUGUAUCCCCUGAGAUUGUGCGUCCAGUCGUUGCCAAAUCCUACGAGGAUGAUGAGACCAAAGUGGUACGUUCUAUCUCGUCGCUCGUGGAGACGUGCAGUGGCUUCCAGGUCACACGUUCCCAGCGCCUGGGAAAAUUCCGCUUCCUUGAGCUCAGCGGCAUUGUGGCUAUAACAUGUCGUCAUGUUUUCUUUCGUUCUGGGGCAGUUGUCGAUCUCAUCACCGGCGAGCGGUAUCUGUUCAUGGACCUGGCGCUUCAAGGCGGUCUGCGCGGA